AUUCUACCCAUUCACUACUUCGUACCCUUGAUAUCAAGUACUUUCACGGAAAAUGACUGAAACCGCAGCAGCAACUACCCCUAAAGCCAAGAAGACGGCAGCAAAGCCAAAGAAGGUCUCAGACCAUCCGAAAUUCUCUGUAAUGAUAGCGGCUGCUUUAACCUCAUUAAAGGAAAGAUCUGGUUCCUCGCGUCAAGCAAUUCUCAAGUACAUCCAAGCGAACUAUAAGGUCGACGUCAAAACAGCAAAUAAUCAUCUGAAAUUGGCGCUUAAGGCUGGCCUAAAGAACGGUACUUUAAAACAGUCAAAGGGCAAUGGAGCCUCUGGUUCAUUUAAACUCUCGGACGAUAAGAAGGAAAAAGCUAAAAAAGAGAAAGCUACCAAGAAAACCCCUACUAAGCCAAAAGCACCCAAGAGUCCUAAGGCCGCGGGAGCAAAACCAAAGAAAGCUGCUAAAAAGCCAAAAGAGGCCAAGCCGAAAAAGACUCCAACCAAAGCCGGAGCUAAGAAACCAAAAACAGCAAAGAAGGCACCUACUAAACCAAAAAGUCCUAAGGCACCUGCUAAGAAAGCAGCAUCAAAAAAGAAAGCUUCAGACAAAUGA